AUGACAUCUUCAGAUAACAUAGGUAGAGACGGUUCUGGGGCGCCGGGUGCUGGUGCCAAUGAAAGUAUACAAGCCGAUAGUAGUCCUGUUUCUAGGGUCCUUGAACUGAACUCUGAAUCAUCGUCUUCUUCCACGCCGUCGAUCACCCCGAUGAUCUCCCAAUUGUGGUCCAAUUUGGCUGAGAGGGCCUCCAGCAGCUUGCUCUCCAGUUCUGUGCCUGUAUCGGCCAUUCAUGUGCUUGGCAAGUCCUACCAACCAGAGGACACUGUGCCACUCAACGCGGAUAUCUUAUCUAAGAUCUGGCUAACUUAUCGUGCAGGGUUUGAGCCUAUAUCUAAAGCCGAAGGAGGCCCGGCGCCGCUUUCCUUUAUCAACUCGAUGCUUUUCAACAGAAACAUCUCGUCCACGAUAUCCAAUUUGCAUAGCCUUACUGAUAACGAUUACUUCACCACGGACGUUGGUUGGGGGUGCAUGAUCCGGACCAGCCAGUCACUCUUGGCCAAUGCACUUCUCAAGGCAGGCUACGGUACGCUGCUGCUGCUGCUGCUGCUGCUGCUGCUGGGUAUCAUUGACAUGUUCCUCGAUAGGUCUACGGCCCCGUUUUCGCUUCAUAACUUCAUCAAGGUUGCUGGAGAACUGCCACUCCAGGUCAAGCCUGGUGAAUGGUUCGGACCCAGCGCUGCGUCUUUGUCGAUUAAGAGACUCUGUGAUAGCGUGAGCGAUUCAAAAGUGCCGCAGGUUCUUAUCAGCGAGUCUAGUGAUUUGUAUAACGAUCAAAUCCAAAACUUAUUGGCAGCGGGACGGACAGUACUCGUUCUUCUUCCUAUCAGAUUGGGCAUAGAUAACAUUAGCCCUUACUACUACUCGUCCCUCUUCGACUUACUUACACUUCCUCAAUCUGUGGGGAUUGCCGGUGGGAAGCCCUCGUCUUCGUACUACUUCUUUGGGUUCCAAGAUUCGAAGUUGUUUUACCUUGACCCGCACUACCCUCAGCAGCUGAAUCCAAAUAGCGAUACCGAGUCUGUCAACUACUCCACAUACCACACCACAAAGUAUCUGACUCUUGACAUAGGAGGAAUGGAUCCAUCCAUGAUGGCAGGGUUUCUCAUAAAGGACCUGGAAGAUUACCAAAAUUUCACCAAAUCGCUUCUAGAGUCAAAGAACAAGAUUAUCCAUUUCCACGAACAAAGAGAGAAGGAAAGAAGAAGCUCAACUUCCCAGCAAGACAUCCUGUCGGACGAUUUCUCGCUUUCGCAGGUCGAAAUGGCGGAAGAAGAUUUUGUUCAAGUCGGUGAGGAAACAGAAAAUGGGUUCGUAGACUUGGGAGAUGAAGUAACUGUCAAAGAGGAGAGCGUCCACAUAUCAAGGGAAGAGGGGGUGGAUAAGAUUGACGAGGUCGUCAGUAUAGCUAGAGAGGAGGCUAAAGAUGGGGGCGAAGGAGCAGGCGAGGCAAGCGACUUGGAGGGAGAUGGCAUCAAAGUGUAA